UCAAUAUGCGGAAAUAGCCGAACAAUAGUUAGACUCCAUUUUGCGUACCGGAUCAAGGACAUAAUUUUUUGAUCAAAAUGGCUUUAAAAAUCUGUGAUGAGCACAAUGUACCGAUUUCAUAUCACGUAGAAGCAGUGGCUAAAGAUUCCCCAGCUUAGUUGUGCUAUUUUAAUAUAUCAGACCCAGGACCCAGUAGAAAUCCAGAAUAGAUGCAGCAUUACUUUAAUGUUCAUUUAAUCAUCCACAAUGCACAUUCAUUUGUUUGGUUUAAAGAGAAGGGUAAAAGCAGAGUUUGCCUGUUGGUUUCCUGCUGGCAAGUUGACCAAAGAUCAACCAGUCAAGAUGCCAAAGGGGCUGCCAACAUCAGAAAGCUUACCAAUGCCUCCACAGCAGAAUCUCAUAUCGGCUCCGUCGACCAGUGUCAGUACCACUAACACUAUAGUUAUCAAUAAAGAAACUGUGUUGACCUCUGUGUGUGAAAGUCUCCUCAGCAAUUCUGUGUCCGAGGCCAGUACUUCACAUCUGCCGAAGACAAUAGAUUUAGUUGUUGUACCAUCAGCUGCACCAGGAUCAACAACAGUGACAUCAACGUGCCAGUAUAAAUUGUCUGAAAUAAUAUCUCGGGAGAAAGAGGUAUUGUUUCAAAGAGAUAAUGGUCCAGAUGAUGAGCUCGAGCCGGCGCGUCAGGGUGUUUAUUCAGUGCGUCGCCGAAGUCGUCAGUUCUUCACAGUGACAGAAGAAGAUGAAAAUGACACAGAUACUGAUCAUCACACCCAUUCAGUUGAGACACACGGUGAAAAGGAGAAAACAGUUGAAGUUCAACCUAUUUUUAACCUUGGUGACAGUCUUAAGAAAUUAUACUUUCCACACCAACACAAGAGGCCAAAUAAAAAAAAGAAAAGGGUAUUUAAAAAGAGUAGCGAUGAAACACAUCACUCAAGUGGUUAUCAGAGUGAUCCCGAGGGCAAAAUCGGAUUGUGCGAUAUUAUCAAAAAUGAUCCUGAGCUGAAGUCAUAUCACAGUCAUCCAGAUCUAAGCUGGAAUGAAAAUAUUGUCCCCCCUGUAGACAAUGCUAUUCCAGGUCGUCAAUCAAAAUCUUUACCAAACACGCCCCGAGUGUCGCCCAAGCUGUUGAGGAGAAACUCCUUGAAGAAAGACAAUCAGGUUGAACUUCAGAAAAGUGGUCCUGGUUUCUCGUUCUUAGCUAGUGUCGCAGGAGAAUUACAUAUGAAAAAACUACAGCAGGACAAAAAGAAAGAGCAAGGUGUUGUUAAAGUGAAUGAGGGUUCUCUGGUUGCCAAGAGACCUUCUGAACCUGUGCAGGUAAUUGCUCAACCGCAGACAAUGACAUCUGUGUCUCAUCAUUCCGAGCCCAGCUCAGAGAUUCACACACAUCACAUGCACGAUUUCUCGGACUCUACAGGUGCAGAUCUGGAAUCUCAUAAACCUGCUUUUAUUUCCUCCUUCAUGAAGUGGAACAACACCAAAAAAAUCAAUGUAACCAACAAGGAAUCAAACAUGUUUUCACCAACAUCAUUCUGAUAUUAUAAGUAGAAUAUUUAUAGGUUUUUAUUGAUAACAGUUAAGUAUAAAUCUAACACCGUAACACGCCUGCUAUCUCAGUUAAAGCCAUAUGUUAAAUAUUGAUUAUUAGUAAAAUUAUUUAUGUUGAUUAAUUAAGAUAUUAAAAGUAGCCAUUUUGAUUUAAACAAUUAUAUCAUGGUUUACAAUAAUAGAUAUUGGUUGUAUAUCUAGUCUUAAUUUUAAACAAUUACUACUCUUACAGUUUUGGGUGUAGCCGAGUAUUAAAGUAUUAAAUGAUGCAGGGCAUUGUUUUGUUGUUUGUCGUAAAAUGUAAAUGAUGUUAUUGUGUCUGGGUCCUGGGUUUGAUAUUGUGUGUAUAUUUUGUUAUAAUUCUUCAGGAUAUUAAAACACAGCCUUCAGUUUAUGUAUCUUUUGCAUCAGAAAAUUACUGCUCACAGAAACUUCUAUUCAAAACAGACAAAAAAUGUCUCAUGCAGUUUUGCUGCAGCUCACACUUACAUUUUUGCCAUUCCAAGAUUUAGAAUCCUUUCAGUCAUAAUUUGUUAUAAUUGUCCAUGAACUUGUAAUUCGUUUCAUUUUGUAGAAUUUAGAAAAUCUGUGUUAAAAUGGAUGGAUUUAUGUAAAAGAUUAUUGUUAAUUUUGACAAACAUGAUGUAUGAUCCAUGAUUUUAUGUUCUGGUAAUUGCAUGAUACAGGAUGUCUCAAAAUUGAUAACGUUUUUAGCUCAUCUGAUUUUUUGAAAAAAAAUGAUGAGUUAUUGUCAUCACUUGAGCGGUUGUCGGCGUCGGUGUUGCCUGGUUAAGUUUUAUGUUUAGGUCAGCUUUUCUCCUAAACUAUCAAAGCUAUUGCUUUGAAACUUGGAAGACUUGUUCACCAUCAUAAGCUGACCCUGUAUAGCAAGAAACAUAACUCCAUCUUGCUUUUUGCAAGAUUUAUGGCCCCUUUUGUACUUAGAAAAUAUCAGAUUUCUUGGUUAAGUUUUAUGUUUAGGUCAACUUUUCUCCUAAACUAUCAAAGCUAUUGCUUUGAAACUUGGAAUACUUGUUCACCAUCAUAAGCAGACCCUGUACAUCAAGAAACAUAAACUCCAUCUUGCUUUUUGCAAGAAUUAUUGCCCCUUUUGGACUUAGAAAAUCAGUUUUCUUGGUUUAAGUUUUAUGUUAGGUCAACUUUUUCUCUUAAACUAUCAAAGCUAUUGCUUUAAAACUUGCAACACUUGUUCACCAUCAUAAGCUGACCCUGUACAGCAAGAAACAUAACUCCAUCCUGCUUUUUGCAAGAUUUAUGGCCCCUUUGGACUUAGAAAAAUAUCAGAUUUCUUGGUUAAGUUUUAUGUUUAGGUCAACUUUUUCUCUUAAACUAUCAAAGCUAUUGCUUUGAAACUUGCAACACUUGUUCACCAUCAUAAGCUGACCCUGUACAGCAAGCAACAUAACUCCAUCCUGCUUUUUGCAAUAAUUAUUGCCCCUUUUGGACUUAGAAAAUCAUUUUCUUGGUUGAGUAUUAUGUUUAAGGCAACUUUUCUCAUAAACUAUCAAAGCUAUUGCUUUAAAACUUGCAACAGUUUUUCACAAUCAUAAGUGGACACUGUACAUCAAGAAACAUAACUCUAUCCUGCUUUUUGCAAGAAUGAUGGCCCUUUUUAGACUUAGAAAAUCAUGGGUAGGACAAUAUUUCUAUUAUACAAAAAAAAUCAGAUGAGCGUCAGCACCCGCAAGGCGGUGCUCUUGUUUUAAACUUGCAUUUGAAUAUAUUAUAGCAUGGGUGAUGUGGUUUAAAAAUCCCACUUUCUUAUGAAAUGUGAUUACUGAUAUAAAGUCAGAGCUGACUGUAAAGACCUCCCUUUGAAAAUGAAAAAAAAAAAGGUGGUAGUUGAGAGGUGGCCUUUCAAAAUGGAUUAUUUAUACUAUUUAUGGUUAAGCAGGAAGAGUAGAUAAUUGUCCUGAUAAGCAGGUUUUAAGUGGAUUGACCUUUAUACAGAGGUAAUCUUUAGCUCAGGUCUGACUGUUAUUGUCUUCUUGCUUACUAUGUAAUGUGAUUUAAUGAAAUGGUGAUGAUGAUAAUUAUGAUGAUGACGAUUAUAAAGAGUAGAACAGAAAUAAUACUACCAGAAUAAAUACGUCUUUUUUAUGUCAUUUCAUAUCUUUAAUUUCACAAAAUACUACACAAGUUUUUCCAUGUCAAAAUAUGAAUAUUUUUAUUUUACAUCGUCAUUUUCAAGAGCGUAAAGCUUUCAUGUGUAUUAUUUUGUUUAUUUUUUCAGCAAAAAUCUUAUUUAUGUGGAAUAACUUUAGUUGAAAAAGAAUUUUCAUGGAAAUGGAAGGAGUAAUGUGUAAAAAUUUUCAUUUAUGUAAAAUAAGUUAACUUGUAAUGAAUUUGACUUGGGAAGGAAAGGGAAUUUGUUAUUUACUCAGGCGUUAUUUUCUCACUUGAGCACAAAGUGCUCAAGAGAGAGGUUUUGUGACUGUACUUCAUCUAUCUUCUGUCUUUUAUUUUUGUCAACAAUUUUAGUGUUGAUGGAAAUUGAUAGAAAUAAGAGUUUCUGUUUGAAAUAUUUUUUUUAAGCUGCAUUUUGCAAGUUUGGGUUACUCAGGUGAGCAAGAUACGGACUCUUGUUUAUAUUUUACAUAGUUACGAUACUUUGAUACUUAGUUUUGUAUGCAAAUGUAUGUACAAUUCGAGGGGUGAAUGCGAAAGAGAUCUAAGUGCAUGUAAAUACAGAAGCACUUCACCCCCUCGGUAUAUGUUCCAUGUACAGUGAAACACCGCUUGGUUGAGCAUUGAUGACUUAGACACCCAGUUACCGGCGGAUUGCAAUUGGUCCCCGACUGUUUUCCUUUUAUUUUCUAUGGUCGCUUGAAACCAUGUUUUUUUUUUUUUAUCCCCUUGUGAGCUCAUAGGCUCAAGCAGUCGGUGUUUUACUUUAUUUUAAUCUUCUUGCUUCUACUGAAUAUUCGGAAUUUGAUUGUAUUGUGUAACCCUACAAGAUUUUGGUGGAAAUAAAGAUUUUACUUGAA